GAGGGGAGAGACCAAGAGACAGGCACUUACAUUACACUCACAAUCUGGGAAUACAGGGACACUCAAUGUAAGAAGGGGACGUAUAGAAUUUAUCUCUGAUCAGCUCCAGCAAUAAAUUAAGGGAUUGAAGAGCAGAGCUGACUUGAAGAACUGGAAGGGCUGAAAAGAGGAUUGUGCUAAACUGCUCUACUCAGAGUUUCACUGGACCCCAACACGGCCGACAUAAUGGCUUUGCCAACACUGUCCCCCGCGAAUGGAACUUACUGCCAAGACGGAAUACAGUGGAUUUUAAAUGUGUUUGGCGAGUGCGCAGUGAAUGGGCGGGAUUACGCCAGCGUGUAUCUGGGUGUGAUCUCCAUGGGGUGUUUCAUGGUUUGCACUUUCCCACAGUUCUAUGAAGCCUUCAAGACUAAGAAGAUGCACGAGGCAAUGUCCUUAUGGUUUGUCCUGCUCUGGCUGCUCGCCGACACCUUAAACCUCACUGGGACUUACCUUGCCAACCAGCUCCCCCUACAGAAAUACUUUUGCAUCUACUUUGUUGUGAACGACUGUCUGAUGCUUGUAGUCUAUCUCUACUUCAAGUUCCAGGACAGCAAACCCAAAACUUACACUGCCUUACCCACUGUUUGUGGAUUUGCCCUUCUGGGCUCUGUGGCCACUUUCUCCCUCCAUCAGGAGUCAGAACCAACUGUGCUGAACCCCGGGAAUGUGAUACCCAGCCGGCACCUGCUCUCUGCUGAAGGGAAUGAGGAGAAUUCUGUCCGGAUGGCGGUUGGUUUUGCCUGUGGAAUAAUCGCGUACGCAAUAUGUCUCGUCUUCCGGAUUCCCCAGAUUGUGAGCAAUUUUAAGAGGAAAUCAGUGGAAGGUUUGGCCCUGGGUAUGUUCCUGUUCAUUAUGGUGGGAAACAUCUUCUACGGACUGAGUAUUGUUAUCAAGAGCCCAGAGGAAGGACAGACGGACGCCAGUGAAGCUCUAAAUCAUCUGCCCUGGAUCAUAGGCUGCAUCAUGUUGUUUUUUCUCGAUGUUAUUUGUAUGUAUCAGUUCGCCAGUUAUAGACCAAGGAAAGAUUCUGAAGAGAAGUCGCCGCUUCUGGAGUCCAACGGUCCCAUCUGUGCCUGACGGGGAAAUCUGGAUUGUGCAGACAGGGGGCAGCGUUGAGUCACUUUAUACAGACUGGGGAAAUGUUCUCACACUAAUUCUCUAUGGACACAGCUGUGUGUGGCCCUACAGAGAGAGGACAGGGUCAUAAGCCUACAGCUCCCUCUGUUGGCAGAAGAGUAUUUUUUUUAUCAACCCUGAACCCGAAGUGGGUUUUUUCCUCUUUGUUUUUUUUCAAGGUUUGAAAGAUUUUUACCGUUAAGCUUUGAAUGAAGGGCCCCCAUAUCCCUGUACCCCUUGCACAAACACUCCAUGUUACAGUAAGUACAGGAGCCACUGAAUAAAGAAAGGAUAUCAUCAUCUUUUCAUAUUCCCUUUUUUAUGCCGGUCACUUGGUUGUGAGGAUGUACUGAAUGAAUCUGCUUUUUAUAAAGUUACAUUGUUACAAACUGUA